AUGUCUGCUAUACAACAGGAUAUCCCUAAUUCGUCUCCACUGCAACGGUCAGUAUUUCUAAUUACUUUUAGUCAAUGCGAUGCUUCUGGUUUAACAAAGCCAGCCUUUGCCAAAGUUAUAGUCAAUCCCUGGAAAUCAUGUUACAGAUCGAAAGUUCUACAAUGGGUAGUGAGCGAAGAGCAACAUCAAAAUGGCGGUCGUCAUUUCCAUAUGGCCAUAAAACUGAACACAAAAUCACGCUGGCUGCGUGCAAGAAAUUAUAUUGACGAGAAACACGGAAUUAAAGUAAACUUUUCGGAUCACCACGACAAUUAUUAUGGGGCAUAUAAAUAUGUAACGAAGGAAGACACCGAAUUUAUUGUCUCCCCUGAUCACCCUGAUCUAUCCAACACGACUGGUCCCCCUAAAAUGUCAAAUGCAACAAAAAAGCGGAAAUGCAAUCGAAAGGCCUCAAAAAACAAACGAAAGCGCUUGUCAACAUUCGAUGUUGUACAAAUUAUACAACAUCACAAAAUUACGUGUAGUUUAGAACUUAUGGCAUUGGCAGCGAGAUGGACAGAUGAAGGCAAGACGGACUUAGCCGAAUUUGUGUCUAAUAGAGGCAGCAAAGUAGUGAAUGAUGCUUUGGAGACAGCCAAAGAACUUAGUUGUGCACAAGAACGUCUUCUCAGGUCAAAGAAAUCACGAAUAGAGCUGUUGAAAGAUCAACUAGGCAAAACCUGUGAGGGCGGUUGUGAUGGUGCUUGGCAACGUGCUGCGCUUGAAAUUUUAGAUAUGAAUGGGAUCCAAAAGUCAGACUUUUCUUCAGCCAUAUAUGACGCCCUAUCUAGAGGAAGGGGGAAGUACCGAAAUAUUUAUAUUUACGGUCCAGCAAAUUGUGGAAAAACAUUUCUAGUUUCACCCCUGAAAAAAAUAUACGAAUGUUUUGUUAAUCCCGCAUCUGGAAAUUUUGCUUG